UUCUUCAAUUUAGGGACGGACUUCGACUCUCACGCUCAGCAUCAUUCUUUUCUCUCUCUCUGUCUCCUGCAUUUGCCCUUGCCGUCGAUUAUCCAGCCGCCGUUAUCAUUGAUUAUUUACCACCGUUGCCGUCGCUCCAUAUUGGAAAUUUCUCUGGUUGAGAGAAGUAACGUGAGAACGCGCUUCGACUCUCAGCAUCUUCUGGGUCUCUCUCACGUUUGUUUAGUAGCGUUUUUCUCCUGUUCGGUGAGUUUCAACACUUACUCAUGGUGUAUCGACCUUAGAUUUGAGUUACCCAUUGCUUAAGUCGUUUUGGUUGUGAAGGUUUCAUGGUAAGUUACUGCAACAUCAACGCCAAUGUUCACUAAUGACCAGAGACAAGCAGAGCGAACUGGAAAAUAUGGAACUCCAAGACUCCAAUACCUCCAGGAAUUAGUGAAUGAAUUUCAGAGCUCAACUAGUCAAGAAACUCAAAGAGCUAAUAUUUGCAUUCGUCCUCUUGAACUCACAGAAGCAAAAGAAAGAGUUGUUGCAAAUUUGGCAAACUUUUCUUAUGAUCCUUACAAUUAUUUCUUCUUACGCCAGCUAAAUGUUCUUGAGCUUUUCUUGGACUGCAUGACAGAACCAAACGAGAAGCUUAUUGAAUUUGGUAUUGGAGGGAUCUGCAAUUCUUGUGUUGACCCUGCUAAUGCUUCUAUUAUAAUUCAGUGUGGUGGAAUUCCCCUCAUCAUUGAAUGCUUGUCAAGUCCUGUAAGGAACACUGUGAAUUAUGCACUUGGCGCCUUAUAUUACCUCUGCAAUGCAUUAAAUAAGGAAGAGAUUAUGAAACCAGAAGUGGUAGAUGUAAUCAAGAGAUAUGCAGUGGCUGAGAGUGUGAGCUUUAGUAAUCUGGCUAAAGCAAUUCUGGACAAGCAUCUAUCUGACAGAAAUUGAGACUCGACAUCCUUGAUGGCGAAUCGGGCGAAAGAAUUUGUGCUGAUAGGUUUGCUCGUUCUCCUUUUCUCUUUAUUCUUUUCUAAUCUUAUGAGUAUGAACUUAUCUCCUUAUUCUCCUUUUCUUGCCAUUCUUGGUUUUCAUAUUUCUUAAGGUAGCAUUUGAAUUCAUAGUCAAAUCUUAAAAAUAUAUUUUUUUUUUUCCCAAAAUCUGACUUUGAUUUAAAUAAAGGCUAAGAGACCAUGAAUCCAAUUCAGGUGGUCACUUACGUAGAUUAAUACAGGUGAACUUAUAAGAUUAAUCGAGGUACGUAUUAGCUGGCUCAAAUACUCACCGGAUACUUUGAAAAAGUUGACUUUGAUUUUGAAAUACUCCUAAAAAGUAGAUAUUGAAAAAAAGAUAUAGGUAAAACUGUAAAAGUAGUGUUUAGAAGUUUAAUUUUGAAAAACAAAAUGGUUAUCAUACUGGGAAUGACUCGAGUGAGGUUUAAGUUUUGAACUUUUGGUAUGGAUCUCUCCCAAUAACCCUAAUCAUUAUCUGUUUUGAGUUGAAAUCUCAUGGCAUUGGCUCCUCAUUGCUCACAAUCUGUAAAACAGCCCAUGAAUAGAGCCAUUUGUUUAUCUUGCAGUCAGAUUCAUUUUCUGAUGGGAAGAUUCUUUGGAUGCACCUGAAUUCUUUUGUGGACAACUUAGAGACGAAUGUAAAAUGUCUCUAUAAAGAAAAGGAAAGUAGCAUUGGUAGUCUACUCUAUUGACAAAAUUUUUUAAAUUUCUUAAAUAAAAAAUUUAUUUCUUAGUAAAACAAACAAAGGUCUUUAAAUUUUUUUAUUAUUUAUUUCUUAGUAAUUUCCAAACUCAAUGUAUACCUAAUAAUAACAUUUCAUCAAUUCACCUUUGACUUUGCUUGUUAAAAAAAAAAAAAAAAUACUCAUGAUCUCUUAACCUCUAAUAAUGAGGUCUUUUCCCUCACAUUUUUUUCCUGUUGAAAACGGCUUAAAAAGAUACUCAUAAUCUCUUAACCUCUAAUAAUGAAGGUUUUUUCCUCACUAAGUGGGUGAAUCAAGUCUUUAACCUCGAGAUUGAUAGCAUGAGAUUAUGUCAAUUGAGUUAUGUUCAUUUUAACAAUUUCAUGUGAGGAGCAUUAGGGGUGUGCAUAAAGGUACUGAAAAUCAAUCCGAUUGAUUGAAUUAAGGUCGGUCGGUUUUCGAUUUUCAUAUAAAGAAUUUGGAAAAUUGACUGACCGAUUGAUAUAUAUUAAUUUUUUUAAAAAAAAAAUAUAUAAAAGAAAGUCCACUAUCUUUAACCCAAGCACAAGCCUAAUGUCUUAAUAUUAAUUAUUAUUAUUUUUUUAUGUUGCUUAAUUUUCAAAUUCACUACUUGAUUGAUUUAAAUUUUAAAAAGUUGCAAAUCAUAUUUACUUAAUAAUAACAUUUCAUCAAUUCACCUUUCUUUUCUAUUCACUUUGGUUCCCCUUGUUAAAAAGGGGAAAAAAAAGGCAACCAACAAAACUGAUCAAUCGUCAAUUGGAUUUCGCACAUUUUUUUUUAUUGAUUUUUGGUACCCAUUUUCCUUGACAUCGACUGAUUGAUGCAGAUAUUUGUUAUCUAUACGAAUGUUCAAAGGGUCCUCGAGAAACUUUCGAUUAAGGAUUCAUUAAAUUUGAUAUGAAUUGAUGGGUUAAUUGGAUGAAACAGGUUCUUUUGGAAAAAAAAUAUUUAGGAAAGAUGGGUUGUUUUUUGAAACUAUUUAGGUAAUUAGAGUUGUUUGGUUGUUUUAAUUGGAAAAACGCAUUCCAGUUUUUUUAAUUAUUUUUUAGGGAUAUCUAUGUAAAAAUUUAAAGAAUAGGUACAUAUUACGAUAAUGUAUUGAACAUCAUUUUUUAUUAAAAAAAGACCUAUUGAUCUUGCUAUUUUUACUAAUAUCAGUAGUUAUUUAUAAUUUAACCCUCAUUUAUGUAUAUAUAUAUUAUUUAUUUAUUUAUUUCUCUCUCUUCUAUAUAUACUUUCUCUUCCAUGCAUAUAUUCUCUCUCCCCACUAAUAUAUUUCAUAUAUUCUCCUCCCCAUAAUUCACACCUAUUUCUUUCUCUUCCCUCUCUUUUCUCCUUUCGACGAUGUGAGUUGUAGGUGAUAGACAAUGACGUGGGGCGAAUUGAUGGCUCGAUACGACAUGACACGAACGACUUCAGAUGAAUUGAUGGCGAGAACGGCGUGGGGCAAAUCGACGAUGACAGGUUGAGCAGAUUCGGUCCGGUGGUGCAAGCAAAUUCGGUCAACGAUGAUGGGGAGAGAGAUCCGUGACAGUCAUGGCUGAAGAAGAAGAGGAGGGUUAUGUUUUAUAAAUCUCUAUAUGAAAAUGAACUUUAUUUUUUUCCUAUUUUUUAUAUAUACUGUGAUAUAUAUGUAUUUUUUUUACUUAUAGAAAAUUUGAUACAUAUUGUGGCAUAUGUAUUCGUUUAUUUGAUAUACACGGGUGUUUUUUUUUUAUUUAGACUUAUUGUAUUAUGAUAUA